UUUUUUUUUUUUUGUUUUUAAAUCUCACUCACGGCGAAAGAGUGUGCAGAAGAGAAUGGGGAAAAAAAAAGAAGAGAGGCAUGAAAAAGAAAACAAGACGGAUGCAACAAACCACACUUUCUGCGUUACUUUUUAAACCUAGCACGUAAAAACAUGAUUUUUAAUCGGUAGGUGCGCGAUCGGUCGUACCGGGCGAAGAUGAACGCCUCGGUACGACGAACUUUGUACAUAUCCCACUGUGCGCGGUGCGACGCACGGUCAAUUGAAAAAUAAAGUAUUAAUAUUUUAUACAGUCGUAAAACAGUCUUAUUUACUUCUUAUUUAUUUAAUAAUAAAAAAAAAGAACAAUAUCCUUCGAAUACUUUAUUAAGUAUUCAUAUAAAUGAAUAUAUUUUAUAAAUAUCUAUUGACCAAUUCAAGUUCAAUUCCAUCAUUCGAUCAUAGGGGCGCUGGUGUCGUGUAGUUUAAAAUGGUUAUGUUACCUAAUAAAAUAAGAAUUCCAUGGAUUACGAAGCAUGCGGGUUAAAUAGACCUUGUAGAUCGUUGAACAAUUACUUAUUUUCACUCGUCGUCGUUCUGAAUUGAUUGCGGAAUGCAUUCUAUGCAAGUGAUUCAGAAUCGUAAUAAAGUAAAUUCUAUUAAUAUUAUGUUUACGUAUAAACAAAGAUGUCAAACGAUAUUGUUAGUACUUAACUUACGCGAUAAUUACUUUCGUCGACGAAGUUAUUGGGUUGUUAAAUUUAUAUACCUCUGGCUAGAAAUCUUAUUGGUGGAGUAGCAUCAUACCAUUUUAUUUACAAAACGAGCCUCCUAACUGCGUCAGUGUCGCUCUUUUCUAUAAGUAGAAUCAGAUGUCUGUUUAGUUGUUCGAAACUGUUCAGUGAAUGAGCUCACGACGAUAUAACCUCAAAUAAUGGCUGAAAGAAAAUGGUAGUAUUGAUUAAGAAGAUAAUAGUAUUGAUUAAUAAAAACUAUUAUAAACUUGAAAACGAUUAGAAACUUUAUAAACUUGAAAACGAAUGGAGUUCUCAGUGAAUCAAUAAGUUAGUGCGAUAAGGUUUCAUUGUUCUCAUUACCUUUGUCAUUUGUAAAACGAAACAAAUUAAGAAUGACACGAAACGCUAUAAAAUAUUAUCAAAGUAUCAAAUAUUAUCAACGAUUUAUUGUCUUAUCAAGACAAUUCACAGAUAGUGCUACAGGUAAAGGAUACAGUGGAAGCGUUAACAAAAAUAAAUUAUUAAAACGUCUGAACGGUUUAUGGAAAACAAAAAUGACUAUGCAGAGUCAUUCAAAAUUUUUACUGCAAUUAAAGGAUCACUUAAACAAAGCUGGUUAUGAUAAAAAUCUGCAAGUCAUAUUUUCUAAACACUGGCCAGAUUUCUUGCAAAGGAUGACGUACUCACAAAUGAAUGUUUUGAAAAAGUUAUCGACGCUCGAAUUUUCAAAGAAUGAAAAUAACAAUAAAACGGCAGAUAUAGAAAAAUGUGAUAGUAGUAAAGUAAAAAGAAAGAAUAUAAUAGGGGGACAUAAGGGAGAAGGAAUAACAACUACCGAUAGUAUUCAAUGUAAAAAGCCAGUUGAUGAAGAUAAAGCAAGUGAAACUACAGUUCAAGUCAAAGCAGCAUCGCAAAGUAUUUCUGACUUUUUUGGUGGACUGAUAUUUAAUUCUGUACAAAGUAAAACAGCCAGAUUAGUUGUAUCACCAAAAUGGAAAAUAAAUAUUCAUGAAAGUAUUUCAAAACAUAGUAUUACAUCUAGAACACGCCAUGUGUUGAACGCUAUAGUAACAGCUGAAUCAACUGCUUCACGUUGGAGAAGGAUUGAAGAUUUAUUAAUACACAUUGAUCAAUAUCCAGAAGCCAGGCAUUAUGCAAUUAAGGAGGGAGCAAUAAGAAUAUUGCUUAGAACUAGACAAAAAGUUAGAGAUGAACAAACCAAAGCAUCUAUUAGAGAAGCUUUAGCAAUAUUGGGUUAUGUUGAACCCCUGCCUGGCAAAGGUAUUAGAAUUCUUUCUAUUGAUGGUGGGGGUAUGCGUGGAGUAUUAGUUAUAGAAAUGUUAAAAAAGCUUGAGCAAUUGACAGGCAAGAAAACUCAUGAAAUGUUUGAUUACAUAUGUGGUGUGAGUACAGGGGCUAUUCUUGCUGCUGCUUUAGGUGGACAUAAACGAAAAUCAUUAUUCGAAAUAUCCGAAUUAUACAAGGAAUUAAGUACUAAAGUGUUUACUCAAAGUGCAAUAAAAGGUACAAGUAAUUUGGUAUGGAGCCAUGGAUAUUAUGAUACAGCACUCUGGGAAAAAUUACUGCAAGAAAAUUUAGGAGAAAAAAUUCUUAUAAAAACAGUUCGUGAUCCUGCUGCUCCAAAAUUUUCAGCUAUAUCUGCUAUUGUAAAUAAGGAACGUGUAAUGGCCUAUGUAUUUAGAAAUUAUACUUUACCUCAUAGGAUUGAAAGUUUGUACAUAGGAUCUCACAAGCAUAAAUUGUGGGAAGCCAUUAGAGCAUCCGCAGCAGCACCUAGUUAUUUUGAAGAAUUUAAAUGCGGUGGAUAUCUGCAUCAAGAUGGAGGUAUACUGGUAAAUAAUCCAUGUGCAGUUGCAUUACACGAAGCCAAACAAUUAUGGCCAAAUAGUCCAAUUCAGUGUGUGGUUUCAUUUGGAACUGGGCGAACGCCGCAUCAAAUGAAUGACACUAGCAGUAAAAUGGCAGAAAUAGCGACUUCAAGUUGGAAGGAUAAGUUUUAUAAAAUUCUAGAUAGCGCAACUGAUACAGAAGCUGUACAUACUACGUUAAACGAUCUUCUACCUGAAUACGUUUACUUUCGCUUUAAUCCAUAUUUAACGGAGAUGUUGUCAAUGGUAGAAAUACGUCCUGAGAAGAUCAAUCAGCUAGAACAAGAUGCAAAAAUGUAUAUACGUAGAAAUGAAGAAAAAUUUCAAAGAGCUGCUGAAGUUUUGUUAGAGAAAAGAAAAAUACAACAAAAAAUAAUAGAUUGGAUUGCGCUACAAAGAAAAAUUUCGGGUCUAUGAAUCGUAUCUUACAAUUCAACAGGCAUUCCAUAACUUGUAUACAUACAUAUAUUAUGAGAACAUGUUUGUCACAAACCUGAUAUGUAAUACUGAGUUUAAAUUAUAUUUAGUCUUUAGUGUGAUAGAAUAAACACAUUAUGUUUAUUUAUACUUGUUUAUAUAAAUAUUAUAUUAUAAAUAAUUUUCUGUGAAAGGCAAUAUUUUAUAUAGAAGAUGUACUGUUUGUAAUUUCUGUGACAUACACACGCUUAAAUGAAUAUUAAAUAAUAAAGCAUGAAAAAGUUAUUUAUGAUACAUAUUUUAGUAAGAUUAUUUAUUAUUCUAUUUAACUUAAUAUUACACAAAUACUAAUGACUUUUUUAAUUAUCUUUUAUAAAUGAAUACAAAAUAGCAAUACAGUAUUUUGGCAUCUGUGUGCAUGUCUAGAGACAAAGCAUCAAAUGAUUGUUAUUUAUAUAAAUAAUAGGUCUAUAAAUAACACUGAUUCCUACCUCAGGUAUAAUUAUCAUUAAAUCACUAGUCUUAAUGCUAGUCUGUGUGUAUAUCACAUAAUUUGUGAAUAUACUAGUAUGAAAAUAUAUUUAUAAAAAGUGAUUAUAUGUAUAAAUCUUAGAAUAUUAUAUUUAUAUGUUGCGUAUUCCAAAAAACAUUAUAAAAUUUUAACAUUGUUUUAACUUUUUCACGGAUCAA